UUAUUAUUUUUAUUGGGUUGCUAGGAGACCAAGUUGGAGGAGCUUAGCCUUCUAACUGGCAGCAAUUGGAUAAAAGCAAUUAUUCCUCUCUCUCUAAUUAGGACUUUCUUUUUCUUUUCUUUUUGUUGUAUCAACCUAGAGCCGUGGAUGAUGGGUUGUGUUGUCAAAUUUAGAGGUUUUGUUGUUUUGUGGGUCGCCGUGAUGCCAUCACUCUUUUAUAUAUAUAGAUUAUUAUCUGUCAGGGGUGCUUUGACUGUGUGUUCCUGCCUGGCAGAAUGGGGUGCGACUGGAUGGCCCUUGGGGGUCUCUUCUGAUUCUAGUUGCAGGAGGGGAGAUACAGAGCCUUGAAAACAGGAAAAGUGCCUUUCAGAUGGUUCAGGAGUGGUGCCAAUGAGCUGGUGCAAAACAAACACAUUCUCACCCCCUCUUGUCUAAAUCCUCGGAGUUGUGCCUCUCGGUUUCUUGGAUAUUUGCUUAUCAGGCCACAAAACCUAUGACUAGGGGAAACAAGUGACUGCAGCCAGAAACAGGCGUGAAAGCGGUUGUCGGGAGGCGAAGUGUGUCGGACAGAAAAGCAGGGACAUAAGCAGGUGUCGCUUGGAACAACCAGGGGCUCUCAGAUGCCACUGGGAAAGCAAUGCAGUAAGCGAUCCCCAUAUUGCAGCAGACGUGGUUCCCUGCGAUUAGUUAGCAGCAACUGGGGGAAGCCUGGCUGCUUUGUGGCAGCAGAGAGAGCGAGAGGAAGGCAAUUUCUAGACCUGGACCGGUGUCAGAGCAGAAGGGAACCUCUCAUUGGUCCUCUGGGGUCCGGGAAGCAGCCAGAGGAAUUUCACCGCUCUGCAAGAUGCUCAGAGAUUGUGCAUCGCUUCUACGCAUCGCAGGGGAGGGCUUGCUGCCUUGAUGCUCCUGGACUGAACAAGUUCUGAUAGGAAUCUUAAUCUUCACCUCUCGACCGGAUCCAGGGUGCAUGACAAGGAAACUUUCCUUACACAGCUGGAACCCACACUGUAGAUCAGGUAUAAGAUGAUGGUAGCAGUGGAAAUUAACCCUGAUGUGGAGAGGCAUAAACAAUGGAAGAGCCAACACCCGAACCUCCCUUUGUCGAUGUGGACAAAGGACUAACCUUAGCAUGCUUUGUCUUCCUUUGCCUCUUCCUGAUUGUCAUGAUCAUCCGUUGCGCCAAAGUCAUCAUGGACCCUUACAGUGCCAUCCCGACGUCCACAUGGGAGGAGCAGCACCUGGAUGACUGAUGGGCCACGGAGGCAAGGAGAGAGGCGGGCACAGAGCGACCACAACAUGGACCAAGCGGGAGCACCAUGCGGAUGGUCGCCUCAUUUGGAGGAGGGCACGGAAUAUUCUUCUGCUUUUCCGAGACAACUAGUGGCGACUCUGAUGAGAGUUUUCUGCCUAUGUUCACUAUGUGACCCUCCAACCUAUUUCUAUGUCGUGACCUCCAAGGUUCAAUGAGGGAAAGGACUAUAUGAUUGCGUAUCAAGUAGCACAAAAGCCCUAGCACUGUCUUCCAAGCUUUUUCUAAUAUAUCCUCUCUGAAGCACCUUCUGUGUUUAAAUCAUUAUUUAUAACUGAAAUGAGCAAUAGAUGUUAAAAUGUGUACAUGGCAAAUACUUAGGAAUAGAUAUCGGCAAAUAGGCCUCAGGAAACGAGGGUCAAGGGUGCUGCGGUCAAGACCGGUGCGGCGAUUUUUGAAAUAGACUGGCAAUAAAAGGCUGUAAGGUUUUUCUUCUUCUUUGAGUUUAAUACGCUGUGUGUUGCAAAUGUCUUUUUAAACAAACUCAGUUCAAUAAUCUUAUAUAUAUACUAGCUGUGCCCGGCCACGCGUUGCUGUGGCGAAGUAUGGUGGUAUGGGGAAAUAGUAUUGAGGAAUUGGUGGUAGUUAAGGUAAAGGGUAAAGGUUUUACCUUACAUUAAAUCCAUUAUAAAUGGGUUAUAUAGCUGUGUGGAAGGGCCUUGAGUAUACACUGCCAUAUAAUCAAGUUAAAAUCAGAUAAUCUGUAUUUUAUAGGCAGUGGGGAAGAGGCCUAAGUGAGGCCUAACUCUGCCUGUCCCCUGGGCUGAGUGGGUUGCUAGGAGACCAAGUGGGCAGAGCUUAGCUUUCUAACUGGCAGUAAUUGGAUAAAAACAAUUCUUCCUCUCCCUCUAAUUAGGACUUUAUUUUUCUUUUAUUUUUGUUGUAUGAACGUAGAGGCAUGGAUGAGGGGUUGUGCUGCUAAGUUUAGUGUUCCUGGGAUGUGUAGUUUUGUUGUUUUGUCCUAGGCCGAAAUUUCAUUACCCUUUUAUAUAUAUACAUAUAUUAUACUAGCUGUGCCCGAUCACGCGUUGCUGUGGCUAGGACUUAAUUUUUCUUUUCUUUUUGUUGUAUGAACGUAGAGGCGUGGAUGAGAGGUUGUGCUGUCAAUUUUUGAGGUUGUGGGGCCUUUAGUUUAGUUGUUUUGUCCGGUGCCGUGAUUCCAUUACCCUUUUAUAUAUAGAGAUUUUAUAUGUACAUAUAUGUAAUUAUAUAUUAUAUUUUACAAGUACAUAUUUUACUAAUAAUAUUACAAUAUAUUGAUACGGUACAAUAUAGUAAUUUAUUACCAGUAUUGUACUAUGCUAAUAUAAUAUUGUAUGUAAAUUUAAUUUGUAAGCCGCUCUGAGUCCCCUUCGGGGUGAGAAAGGCGGCAUAUAAAUGUAGCAAACAAAUAAAUAAAUAAAUAAAUAAUC